UUUUAGGUUUUCAGAUUACUCAACUUAGGGUUUCUUUGUUCCUUCUAUCGCAAGAAACAAAAUGGAGAAGUAUCAGUGCAUUCAUGAGAUGGGCAGUGGUAGUUACGGUACAGUUUUUCGUGCUGUCCACAAACCAUCCGGUGAAACUGUGGCUGUUAAGAUGAUGAGAAGAUGUUAUGAUUCAUGGGAAGAAUGUCUCAGUUUAAGAGAAGUUAAAGCCUUGUUGAAACUGAAAAAUCAUCCCAAUAUUAUUCGGCUCAAGGAAAUCGUAUUGCAGAACCAACAACUCUUUUUUAUUUUCGGGUUUAUGGACUGCGAUCUACUUCAACUUAUGAAACAAAGACGAUCAUUAAAUCAAGUCUUUUCGGAAUCAGAAAUCAGACAUUGGUGUUUUCAGGUUUUCCAGGGUCUUGCUUACAUGCACGAGCAAGGUUAUUUUCAUCGCGAUUUGAAACCUGAGAAUUUACUGGUUAAAGGAGAUAAAAUCAAGAUUGCAGAUUUCGGAUUCGCCAGAGAAACCAAUGGGCAACCUCCGUAUACGGUGUAUGUCAUGUCUCGGUGGUUUAGGGCACCGGAGGUGUUGCUGCAGUCGAAUACGUAUAGCUCAAAGGUUGAUAUGUGGUCAAUGGGUGCAAUAAUGGCAGAAUUGUACAUUUUCAGGCCUUUAUUUCCUGGAACAAGCGACGCUGAUCAGAUGCUCAAGAUUUGCAAGAUAAUUGGACCUCCAACGGUAGAAUGUUGGUCUGAAGGAAUGGAUCUUGCAAGAAAACUAGGAUAUGAGUUCCCUAAAUGUGGCAGUAUGAACUUCUCGUUACUGUUGGGAACAGCAAGUAAAGAAGCGGUCAGUUUGAUUAGGUCGCUGUGCUCGUGGGAUCCGAGCAAAAGGCCUAGUGCUGCUGAGGCACUUCAACAUCCUUUUUUUCAAAGCUUGCGUUAGUGUUCCCAAACCUAUGACUGUAAGUAGUAAUUCCACCGACUGCUGAAGCUGGAAGAUGUCCUGCAUGCCAUAAUCAUAAUCAUAAUCAACAUAAAUUUUAUUACAUG